GUUGGUAUGAACUGUGCAUGGCGAUCGACCAGGCAUGGCAUCCCGCUGACGCCAAGGCCAGUUCACCGAUUAGCCAAAAAUUAACGAAUUCCAGCAAUGAGCAGUGGCAGUGACCUAUAACCCGACUCGCCACAUUUCAAGGAUCUUACUUGCGAACUGCACAAGGGUUCGCUUUUGUAGCGUCAACAUGGUCAUUGGAGACAAAGAUGGUAAUGCACUUGAGGCGACAACUCGCUUCCACCCGGUCGACGAAGUAAACGCCGAGAAGGAACUUUUGAAAACGUGUCCCGCCACCAAGAACGCAUCGGAUUUCCCCGAGUCAUUCCAUGAGGGUGGAUAUGGAUGGGUUGUCGUCGUUGCGUCGUUUUUUGGUCAGUUCAUGUUCCCACUCUGCCUGACCUAUGGUCUCUUUCACGUGGUGCUGGUGGAGCAGCUCGGAAGGAGUAGAGGAGAGACUGCUUUGGUUGGAUCUGUGACGUAUCUAUUUACUGCAGGUGCAGGGCCUUUGUCAAGUUUCCUCUGCAACUUGAUUGGGCAUCGUUGCACAUGUAUCCUUGGUAGCGUGCUGGCUACUGCCGGUUAUCUCAUUAGCGCAUUCUCCAGCAGCUUCGAGCUCCUUUUCUUCUCAUAUGGAUGCAUUAUUGGUACAGGUAUAUGUCUGCAGCAUGUCCCAACCAUGGUGCUAGUUCAGUUUUAUUUCGAAAAGCGGCGAGCUUUAGCAAUAUCAAUUGUCAGAACAGGGACCGGAGUCGGUAGUCUGGUCCUACCGCCGAUCGUUCAGCUCCUCAUUGAUGAAUAUUCGUGGAGAGGAGCCAUGAUUCUCCUCGCGGGGUUCGCCCUGCAGGGGUGUGUCAUUGGCGCCCUUUUACGACCAAAUGCUAAAUUAAACGUCAGUAAAAGCAAUCGACAACGAAGAUCUUUUGCUGAAAAUGUGAUAUCAACAUUUGAUUUUUUCAAGGACAGUCGUUUACUAAUAUGGUUAUUCGUGCAAUUCUCGGAGGGCUUACACGCCAUUAUGUUUUUUUACUUAUUGCCAGAUAGAGUCAUUGGAUUCGGAUUCACCGCCGACCAGGCUGCUUUUCUCCUCUUUCUAACGGGGAUAAGUUCGACACUUCUCCGCCUGGUCACUGGUGUUUUAACAAAUCGCUUUCACCUCAGUUCCAUAGUUCAGUACGGUUGUGCUUUCCUACUAAUGUCAACUUCUCAUUUUGUAUUAAUGUUGAGCAGUCCGAGUUAUGGUGUCUUGGUGGUGAUGUCUUUGGUGUUUGGAGUGGGGUCGGGCAUCGGUACCUGCAAUCUUACACUCCUCAUGCUGCAGCUGUUCGGAAUACAUCGGGCGACUAUCGCCUUGGGUUGGGUGAUGUUAGCGGAGGGUAUAGGGGGCUUCAUUGGACCACCAGUAGGGGGCGCAAUAUUUGACAUGACCGGGAGUUACACAUAUUCGUUUCUUUUAUCAGGAGCGUUUGCUGUUGCGGCUAGUGCAUUUACGAUUCCAGUUUUCAUAAUUCAUAGAUACAAGUUUAAAACGACAAAUAGUUACCAACUUGACGAACAAUCCAGAUAAAUCAAAAUUAAGUACAUCCAUUUAUUUUGUAUUGUUUUCGAUUUGUACGUAUGCAUACCUCUUACGGAUCCUGAUAAUUUCUCAUCUGCUCUCUUUUAAUGUUUAUAAGGUCAGCUGUAUGUUAGGCUAAGACAUCCCUUAGACGGAUAUGCAAUCAGUAGGCCUCGUACUGCUCGAUUGACGUCGAAGGACGAUCGGGCAAGAAAUUACUAUUUGCCUCUGACCUUAUAAAAGUGAAAGGAGAGUAUUGAUUUGUUUGACUAGAAAUUCUGUGUUAUCACGACUGGUUUAUAUACAAGAGGGUAUAAUAAACCGCCACUUUGCGCAGGUAAUGACGGAACGAAAGCUAAAUCAUUUGAAGUCGUUGGCAAAGUUGGUAGCAGGUGCCUAUUAGAAGUCUGUAAUAAUGAAUAUAUGCUGUAUUGAAAGUUGCUGUCCAUGUUCGGGAAUACUCCUUCCAGCUGGCAGUUUGUUGUAGGGACUGAUGUAAUGUCGAGGAGAUUAGCCUGACCCGAAUUCUGCUGUUUACUGGCCAUGGGUCCUGAGGCUGCCGCUUUUAAUGCAUCGCUAUACGGCGUGGUGGUUAGUUGAAGGCGUCCUCCAUAGGAUGGCUGGGGUCUGUGGAAUGCUGACUGUAGAUAUGUUGAACCUGAAAGAAUGAAUGGUGUUAUAACGAAGGGAGGGGUAAGUAGAAGAAAUAGAAAAAACAGAAGAUAGGGAUCCGAUUACCACCAGACAUGGCCAAACUCUAUUCUGUCUUUGGCAGUUGAUACAGAGAAGGACAAUACAGUCUGAUGAAAUGCUAAUUCAGGAGCUCUCCGUUGAUGGAUCAGAGGGUUGACCCUGAUCUUCACCAUUCUCUGGUUGCCUGUAUUCGAAUAAUCAUCGCACCUCUCAG